CAAGACCAUGUUGGGGAGUUACAGAAACUUAAAGCUGAGAUGGAGGAGAUGAAGAUGGAGCGUGAGAUGGAGCGUGAGGAGCUGCGGAGGCAAUUGGAGCAUGAGAGGAGAGAGCGUGAGGAGGAAAAGAAAGGGCGAGAGGAAGAACAGAAGCAAAUUGCACAUCUUACAAGUUUGGUGACAGAGUUCUUAAAGGAAAAGACUCAAACGCACAAGUCAUCUAUCCAUCAUGAUAGGGCCAUGUAUUCAACUGGUGGUACAAAUACUCGAUACAUGGUGGAGUUAUGAGCAUGUGAAAUCUAGUUUCUGGUAUAUGGAUAGCUUUUGUUCAGAUUAUCAUGGUGGAGUUGUCUACAAGCAGAAUCCAAUUUUUGGUUUAUUCAUAUUUUUGUCUACAUGAUGGUUGUUUGGAUGAAUAGCAAGAUCAGAUAUUUUGGGAUUUUUAAUUUACAUUUUGAUGUGUUUGGUGAUGAUUAUCACCUUAACAUAUGGUAUGGAUAAAACAUUUUGAUUUAUGGUUAAUAGGUAUGCUUGACUUUAGACUUAUAGAUGAUGAUAUUUAUAAUGAAUGAUUAUGGAUU